GUUUACUAUCAUAUUUUGCACAAAAUGCCGAGUUGCUCAGCACAAAAGUGUUCUAAUUCGUCGAAAAAACAUUUUAAAAUGUGUAUGUUUCCAUUUAAUGAUCCAAAAAGAUGUGCAAUAUGGAUAUCUAACGUUAAUAGAGAAAAUUGGACACCAAAUAAAUAUUCGGCGUUGUGUCAGGUACAAUAUUUUGCCCCUGAAAUGUGGGAAAAUCGUCAGGAUCUAUUGAAACUGAAAAGAAAUGCAGUGCCAACUUUGUUUGGAGAUACAAUUGCAAAAAAAGAUAUAGUUGAAACUGCCGAAACACCUACUCUAGCUACUAUUGAAGAAGACAUUACAAUAUUGGAUAAUAGAUCUAUAUCACCAGCCAAUAUAAGUGAUAAUGAUAAGGACAGUGAAAUACAUUCUAACAGCAUAGAUACAUCUGAAAGAAAAGAAUUAAUGAUAGAAGAGAACACUUCUAGUUCGUGUACUGACAAUUCAGAAUCUUUAAAACGACAAAUAGAAAAGUUGCAAAAACGUAAUGUGAAAUUAGAGCAGAUUUACAGAAAAACUAAGAAAAAAUUAAAAAAUGCGGAAUAUAAAAUUAAACGUCUUAACGAAAAGGUAAAUGGGAAUCAGAGUAAUAUAAUCAAAGCAUGCCGUAAAGUAUUGAACACUGAUCAAUUACAAUUAUUAACAAGAAACUAUAAAAAGAUGCCAGUUUGGAGUAAUAAGACUAUCGAAAAGGCACUAAGAUUCCAAUUUACCUGCGGUCGUUCAGGGUAUGAAGAAUUACUUCGUCAUAUGCCUUUACCCUCUUUACGAACUUUAAGACGACGACUGCAAAAUUUAAAAUUUAAUAGCGGAAUUUUGAAAGAAAUUUUUGAAUUUCUGAAACUUAAAAUAGCCUGUUUCAAAGAUAAAUUAGAUAAACAUUGUAUACUAGUAUUAGACGAAAUGAGUAUAACUCCAUCCGAAAUAUUUGAUACUUCGACAAAUACUUUUAUGGGUUACGCAACAUUAGGUAACCAUGACAAUGAAAAGAAUCCCAGAUAACACAAGCAUUUUCUACGAAUAUUCUAUAAAUAUUUUUCGGGAAUAUUAGAAUAUACUCAGAAUAUGCUAAUAAGAUGGAAA